UGUUAGCUGCUCCUGUAGCCAGCAGCUUUCAAACAUUGCAGAGUUUUGCUCUCUGCAAGCUUGUAAUAAGACACACUCCUCUUACAAGAGUUCAUGCUACAGCCUAGCAAAGAACUUUAAAUUUUUGGAAGAACAAUAUAUUCAUUUUGGCCUUGUGCAGAGACCCUAACUCUACCUUUCUGCUUUAAAGCAAAGUAAGCUGGGUGGCCUCUCCUUCUCCACUCCUCAAAAUGAUAGCAAUCUCUGCCGUCAGCAGUGCACUCCUGUUCUCCCUUCUCUGUGAAGCAAGUGCUGCCGUCUUACCCGAUUCCACUGACUCAUCCCCGCCAACCAAUAAUUUCACUGAUAUUGAAGCUGCUGUAACAGCACAGCUAGAUUCUGCGGAUAUCCCCAAAGCCAGGCGGAAGCGCUACAUUUCGCAGAAUGACAUGAUCGCCAUUCUUGAUUAUCAUAACCAAGUUCGGGGCAAAGUGUUCCCCCCAGCCGCAAACAUGGAAUAUAUGGUUUGGGAUGAAAAUCUUGCAAAAUCUGCAGAGGCUUGGGCAGCUACUUGCAUUUGGGACCACGGACCUUCUUACUUACUGAGAUUUUUGGGCCAAAAUCUAUCUGUACGAACUGGAAGGUAUCGCUCAAUUCUCCAGUUGGUCAAGCCGUGGUAUGAUGAAGUGAAAGAUUAUGCUUUUCCAUACCCCCAGGAUUGCAACCCCAGAUGUCCUAUGAGAUGUUUUGGCCCCAUGUGCACACAUUAUACGCAGAUGGUUUGGGCCACCUCCAAUCGGAUAGGAUGUGCAAUUCAUACUUGCCAAAACAUGAACGUUUGGGGAGCUGUAUGGAGACGUGCAGUUUACUUGGUGUGCAACUAUGCCCCGAAGGGCAAUUGGAUUGGAGAAGCACCAUAUAAAGUAGGGGUACCGUGUUCAGCUUGCCCUCCAAGUUACGGGGGAGCUUGUACCGACAACCUUUGUUUUCCAGGAGUAACGUCAAACUACCUAUACUGGUUCAAAUAAGAUUAUCUUUUCCUCUAGGAAAUAGAAUGGUUUCUGAGAAUCAUAGGCAUAUAUAUAUAUUGAGUUUUGCACAUAUUAUACAUAUUUUAUGAUAAUCUUGUUUUCCUUUUAUUAUUCAUUGUCUAAAUUAGUGUUUUUCUACUAUGUUUGUUUAAUCUUUUGAGGUAAUCAAAACAUCCAUUUCCAUUUUCUGACCACUAAGCCUAAAUUAAAAUAUUGUAUAUGUAGUAUUGACAUAGUUGAAGCAUCCAAUUCCAAAACUUGCUUUCUAAAGAAAUUAUGUUUCUAAAGAAUAAAAUAUAUAUUUGGGCUGUAAUGUAUGUGCGUAUACAUAUAUACACAUACAUUAACAUAUAAUAGAUUAUGUAAUACAUAGAUAAUAAUAUGGUUCAGUAGUUCACUUGAGGGAAAUUAAAAAAAAAUCCUAUUCUAAAAUAUAUGCGAGGUGGUGGGACACCUUCACACCCAUUUCUAUAAUACCCAUGAAUUGAUAGUUUGCAAAAUAACCCUCAGUGAUAUCUGGAUGUAAUAAUUUAAUUAAGCAUGGAUUUCAUUUUGGAGAUAUUUGGUCUUAUUUGGGUUCACCAAAGGAUUUGCUCAACUUAUGUAAGUUUCAAAUCAUGCCUUUUGCUUAAUCUCUUCUGUUGAAUUAGUAAUCAUUUGUUGAGUUCUUACUAUGUGCAAGGCACUCCGCCAGUUAUGUUCUGAUAAUGCAAAGAUCAUGAGAUAUGGUUCCUGCCUUUAAGAAGCUCAUAAAAAUAUCCAGGAAAUAAUGCAGCCUAAUGAUUUUGCUGUGAAUUAUUAUUUUUUAACAAAUUGAUUUUCAUGUAGCCUUGAGGAAGUAAUGUAAUAAUGAUGUUCACCUGUAGGUGGAACAGGUGAUAAGCCACACUGUGAAAUACGUAAGGCUUCUGACUAGCAUGAAAAUUUAGCUACAGUGCCCUGAACUAGAAGAGGCAGGGAAGAAUUAACAACUGCCCAGGAC